CAGCUUCUCGUUUUCGAUUCUAAACAGAGACAAGGAACAGAGGAAGAAAGGGAAAAAAAAAAAAAAAACAAUGGCGACUCUUACAGUGCCCUCGACAGUUCCAUCUCUAUCUCAAGAUUGUGAACAACUAAGAAAAGCCUUUGAAGGAUGGGGAACUAAUGAGGGCUUAAUCAUAGAAAUAUUGGGUCACAGAAAUGCUGAGCAACGUAAGUUGAUUCGACAAACUUAUGCUGAAGCCUAUGGAGAAGAUCUCCUCAAGAGACUGGACAAGGAACUCUCAAAUGAUUUUGAGAGGGUGGUACUGCUUUGGACUCUUGAUCCUCCCGAACGUGAUGCAUUUUUGGCUAAUGAAGCAACCAAAAGGUGGACGUCAAGCAAUCAGGUCCUCAUGGAAAUAGCCUGCACACGGUCUGCUAACCAACUACUUCAUGCAAGGCAGGCUUAUCAUGCUCGUUAUAAGAAAUCGCUUGAAGAGGACGUUGCUCAUCACACAACUGGUGACUUCCGUAAGCUACUCCUACCUCUUGUGAGCGCAUACAGAUAUGAGGGAGAUGAGGUGAAUAUGACUCUAGCAAAAUCAGAGGCCAAGUUACUCCAGGAGAAAAUUUCACACAAAGCUUACAAUGAUGAUGAUCUUAUCAAGGUUUUGGCUACAAGAAGCAAGGCACAGAUCAAUGCAACUCUGAAUCACUACAAAAAUGAGUAUGGAAAUGAUAUGAACAAGGACUUGAAGGCUGACCUUAAGGAUGAGUUCCUUGCACUACUGAGGGCCACAGUGAAGUGCUUGACCUGCCCUGAAAGGUAUUUUGAGAAGGUUCUUCGUCUGGCAAUUAAUAAAAGAGGAACAGAUGAAGGAGCUCUGACAAGAGUUGUUACCACUAGAGCUGAGGUUGAUCUAAGGAUCAUAGCAGAUGAGUACCAGCGAAGGAACAGUGUCCCACUGGAUCGUGCUAUCGACAAGGACACUCAUGGAGACUAUGAAAAAAUGCUUCUGGCACUCGCAGGACAUGUAGAGGCUUAAGCUGUUAUCAUGAGAUGAUUUUCUAUCGAGUAUUAUGUCUAUGACCGAACCAUUAUGGUCUUGUCUGGCUAUGAUGUGAUCCUGUUUUUCUGAGUCCUAAGCUGUCUGAGAAUUUUAUCUAUGUUACCUAAAACUAUAUGCAGGAGUAUGUUUAUGCUCGAAGAAUUAAUCUUCUGUAUGUUUGUUGGUCUUAUCGAAUAUCCAGCAGAAGCCA